CGGUAGGUAUUAGCAGCUAGUUUGACAGACGAUUAAUAUAUGAGAAUAGUCGACCGAUGAAAGAGUAUCAGGCUGUGAAUAUAUAUAAUAUAAAGUAUGCAAAAUGAGGAUAAAAGAGUUAAAUGUGCAGAAAGCGAAAAAAGAGAAGAAGAAAGACACUAGACACGCCCGACAGAAGCAGGCAUGCGGCAAUGAGCCCAUUGCGAUGCGGCAAAUUAUUGCUACCAGCGCGCGGAGAAGGCAAGGAAUGUUAGUGUUAGCAAGCGUAGGACCAUUGCCAUUGCGAUUAGUAUCGCUAUUUUUCAUGACAACAACUACUGCGACUAACUAAAAUGCAGACAUAACAAGGGGGGCAGGCUGCACACAAAAAACGUUGCUAGGUCAUUCUUUGUAUUGCUGCCUACUGCCGCCAUUCUCCAUUCUCCGCUCCCCA